GUAUCUCGGUACGAGCAGUCGUGCGUGAGAAUUCCAAGCGGACAGAUCGCUUUGACUCGGCAGAAUAAUUGCACUGCACAUAUCGCUUAUAACCUGAGGAUGUCUUGUGAGCAUUGACACAAACUUUCAUUCCACGACGCUGAUAUUUGACUUUAAUCCGGAGCGAAAGGAACAAUCGAGUAUCCCGAUUAAGCUAUGGAGUACUGGACGAUAAUCUUAUCGAUAUUAGCCGGUAUACUUGUCAUUUAUUAUUAUUCCUCAUCUUGUAAACGGACGAAUGACUUUCAGCAGCAUGGGAUUCCAUAUCAAAACCCACAGGUCGUAAAAAGACUGUGGCAGGUUUUCAUACGUCCAAAGAGUUUUGCCGCGGUAAUUCAAGAACUAUACAAUUUUUAUCCCGACGCUAAGUAUAUCGGUUUCUUUAAUUUCUCGCAAUCGGUCGUCGUAGUGCGUGAUCUCGAAUUGAUCAAAUCUGUCGGCAUUAAAAAUUUUGAUUCGUUUCAAGAUCACAUAUUUUUCAGCAGCAGUGAAGAUCCGCUUUUCGGGAAAAAUCUACUUGCACUCCGCGGAGAUCAGUGGCGAGACAUUAGGACGCUUCUAAGUCCUUCUUUCACGUCCAGCAAAAUGAGAGCUAUGUUUCAAUUGAUGUCCGAGUGCGCCGUGAAAUUUUCAGAGUAUCUAGUUAAAGCACCGUCUGACAAACGAAUUAUGGAAAUGAGGAACAUCUUCUCGAGAUACACUACCGACGUGAUCGCCACGUGUGCCUUUGGCAUUAGCGUGGAUUCGAUGAGAGACCCGGACAACGAUUUCUACACGUUUGGAGCAAAAGCGGCGAAUUUUAAUACGAUCAUUCUUAUAAAGAUUCUGCUGUACCAACACAUGCCGUGGCUCAUGCGUCUGUUAAAACUUAAAAUUGUAAGCGAACGUACCAACACAUUCUUUAUCAAUUUGAUAGCCGAUACUAUAAAAACCAGAGACGAGAGAAAUAUCAUUCGGCCGGACAUGCUCCAGCUGAUGAUGGAUAGCAGAGGGAAAAGAGAGGGGAAAGAACUAAGCAUUCUGGACAUGACAUCGCAGGCGUUCAUCUUUUUCCUCGGUGGCUUCGACAGUACCUCGACCUUGAUGAGUUUCUUAGCAUACGAGAUUGCCGUCAAUCCACACAUCCAGAAGAAAUUGCAAAAUGAAAUCGAUAAGAUUCUGGAAGAUGCAAACGGUCAGCCAUCCUAUGAGGCAAUCAACGGGAUGGUGUAUCUAAAUGCUACGAUUAACGAGACUCUCAGAAUGUAUCCGGUGCAAGCGAUGACGGAUAGGCUGUGCACGAAAGACUUUGAAUUGCCGCCCACAUUGCCGGGUGCGAAAUCAUAUGUUGUGAAAGCGGGAACGCUAAUCUGGAUCCUUUUUUACGGCCUUCAGCAUGAUCCCAAAUACUUUCCGGAACCGGAAAAAUUCAGGCCUGAGAGAUUCCUGGAUGAAAACAGAGAGAACGAGUGCAAUCUCAAUGCUUAUUAUCCAUUCGGAAUAGGCCCGAGAAUGUGUAUCGGCAACAGAUUCGCCUUGCUGGAGACGAAGAUUAUGCUGUUUCAUCUGCUGGCUCGUUGUGAUCUGAAGCCAUGUGAAAAAACUACGAUACCGUUAAAAUUUCAAAAAGGUGGAUUCUCGAUGCGGGCCGAAGGCGGUUUCUGGUUGAGCGUUGUGCCGAGAGAGAAUCAGUGUUCUACAUAAGAUAAAUUAAACGCUUCAUCUGUAAGAUAAUCAUUUUUACUGAUACAUAAAUAUUAAAAAUCUACGAAAAUAGUCACGAGCAUAUUUUAUAUCACAGCAAUAAAUAAUAUAUUACAUACGUAUAAAUUUAUAAAAAUGUAAAAAUAAUAGAGAAAUAUAAUGGAAAUAGAAAAUGACGAUAUUUUACGGCA